CUGACCAUGUAGGGGCUCUACAAAAUGUGGUUGUUGGGCUUAACUCAACCUGGUAACACAGGCAAAUAAAAAAGAUGUCGUCUGCUAAUAUUGCUGAGAGGAACCCAGCCUUCGUGCUUCGUGCGGUGAAAGACGUCGCAUUUGAAGACCGCGAAGUCCCUCAACUACGCGACCAACAUGAAGUUCGCGUCCAUAUAGCACAAACUGGCAUCUGUGGUAGCGACGUCCACUACUGGCAGCGUGGGCGAAUCGGCGACUUUGUUCUUAACAGCCCCAUCAUUCUUGGUCACGAAAGUUCUGGAACAGUCGUCGAGAUUGGAUCUCAAGUCAAAAACCUAAACGUAGGUGACCGUGUGGCCAUUGAGCCCGGCGUUCCGUGCAGACGGUGCGAUUACUGUCGCGCUGGCUCGUACAAUCUAUGCAAUGAUACCAUCUUCGCGGCCACGCCACCAUGGGACGGAACGCUUGCCAAGUACUACACUGUGGCAAGUGAUUAUUGUUAUAGGAUCCCGGACCAUAUGAAUAUGGAGGAAGCUGCUAUGGUUGAACCAGUCUCGGUAGCGGUGCAGAUUUGCAAAGUCGCGGACUUGAGGGCGAACCAAACUGUCGUUGUAUUCGGCGCCGGCCCAAUUGGGGUGCUCUCGCAAGCAGUAGCUAAGGCAUCAGGAGCAAGAAAGGUUAUUGCAGUCGACAUUUCGCAAGCGAGACUAGAUUUCGCAAAGUCGUAUGCGGCAGAUGGAAUCUUUCUACCUCCCAAGGCAGAGGAAGGGGCGGAUGCCGUCGCACAUUCGGAGAAAAUUGCUGCCCUAAUCAAGCGAGAAUUUGAUCUUGGUGAAGGCGCAGAUGUUGUACUGGAAUGUACAGGCGCCGAGCCCUGCAUACAAGCCGGGAUCAAUGUGGCAAAGAAGGGUGCUACGUAUGUUCAGGCCGGUAUGGGGAAAGAGAACGUCAUAUUUCCCAUCACAACGGCCUGUAUUCGAGCUUUGACCAUCAAAGGCUCUAUCCGAUACUCGACUGGCUGCUAUCCGAACGCCGUGGAGCUGGUGGCAUCAGGAAAGGUCGAUGUGAAGAGGUUGAUCACAAAUAGAUUCAAGUUCGAAGAGGCGGAAAAGGCAUUUGAACUUGUAAAAGCGGCUCAAGAAGGUGUGUUCAAGGUCAUUAUUGAAGGCGUCCAGUAAAUCCUGC